GGGGGCCGGCCCGGGCUGCACCCACCGCCGCUGAGCCGGGAGGAGAAACGGCGGAGGCGACGGGCCACGGCCAAGUACCGCUCGGCCCACGCCACGCGUGAACGCAUCCGGGUGGAAGCCUUCAACCUGGCCUUCGCCGAGCUGCGCAAGCUGCUGCCCACCCUGCCCCCCGACAAGAAGCUCUCCAAGAUCGAGAUCCUGCGCCUCGCCAUCUGUUACAUCUCCUAUCUCAACCACGUCCUGGACGUGUAGCGGCCCCACCGCCCCGACGGAACCCCCGGAGCACCGGGUAUCACCCCCCCCUCCAUCACUCCCCCUCCAUCCCUGCCGUCGGGGGACCCUCCCGCACCCGCCCGCCCCGGGUCCGGCGGUGCAGCGCCUUGCCGGGGGUGGGGAGGACGGGCGGGGGUGUCCCCGCAGCCUCCCCGCUCCCCCCGGGGGCUUGUCCCGCAGGGUCGCGGUGUGGCCGGCGGAGAGCCCCCCGUUUGUUCGAAGAGAAAUGUAAAACCGGAUUGUUUCUUCAGGCUGUCAAGUGCCCCUUUUAUAUAUAUCCAAAAAACAUCUACUUGUGACCUUAAACGUGUGACCCAUGGGUGCAGUUUAAAAAUAACUAUUUUUUAUUUAUGGUAGAAGGAGUUGACAAUUUAUUUUUUUCAAGAUUUAUUUAUUUUUCAGAGUGGUGGCAAUUUUACUUUGGAUACUUCGUGCCAAUUGGUUUCUAUAGUCGGGUGUUUACACUUUCUCCUGUGGAAUAUUAUGUUUAACUUGACGAGUGUUUGUUGGGAUCGAUAGUGUUCCUUUUCCUUAUUUUUUAAUUUAUUUUUUCCCCUCCAAUUAUAUUGCACUUGUGUACGACAAACCUCCCCUUCCUCCCUGUUUAUAAGUAUAUUUUAUAUAUAUCAAGGCAUUUGUUCUUGACCUUUUUUCCUUUCUUUUCUCGUGUGGGAUGGACAACCACUAGCACUUAACUAGGAGAGUUUUUUUAAAACUUGUUGUUAUUCUGAUCUAUAGUUCUGUCUGAAAAGUACUUUGCAAAUCGUUUAUAAGGGAAGUAGUUUCUUUGUGGGUGUAUAUGUGCGUGUGUGUCCACAUGCAUGUGUGUGGGAGUGAGCGUGGGCGUGUAUGUGUGUGGUAUAUUUUUAGGAAAGGACAUUUUUCCUAAAAAAAAAAAGAAAAAAAAAAAGAAAGAAAAGUAAAUCCAGGACUGCUUUCCUUUGUGACAACCAAAAAAAAAUUCUAUAACCUGAGAAAUGUUUCAUGUUCUUUGCUGUGAAUCUCUUAAAACAGGAAGCGCAUUUUAGGGACGAAAGAGAAAAAGAAAAAAAAAAAAACCACAUCUGCUAUCCAAAGAUUUUAGUCUUUUUCAGGGUUUUUUUGUGUGUCUCUGUUGCUUUAUAUAAUGCAAUAUUUUGUAGUGAAAAUAGAUAAAUCUGGUUUCUAUCUGAUGCGUUUUUCAUAUCUCUCAUGAAUGGUGAGCUGUUUUGCAUAUAAAUAAAAGUAUCAAAUAAAA